AAACAUCCCGCAGUCGGGCGGACUUCGUUUAGGAGCGUCUAUGUCGUCGCUCUCGGAUGUUACGCGAAAGCGAACGCGUCGUUUGCGGACAUAUCGGGAUGUGCACGGAGGCGCGUGCGUGAGCGCAAACGCCGACUUUUCCCCCAAACUUGUAGCAGCCUCCUCCAUUCAGUAAGUUACGGGGCGGAUGGAACUUUUUUCCUGAAUGAGCCUACCGCCGCUGGCAGCCACAUCUGGACGCGGGUCAGUCGCAGCUGUCAAGUCCAGCGCCAAGUGUUCGCCGGACCUGACUUGAGCUCCUCUCCUGACGAACUCUAAACUUUGAGGCGGAAUUUGAACCAUUUUUCAUUAUUCGACACAUUUAUUUUACUUUUUGCUUCAAUUUUUUGUCACAUUACAAUGGAACACUCGCUCCUCAGAUUAGCCUGCGUCUUGGUGCUUGUGUGUCUCUUGGAUAUAAGGGCAGAUGCCAACGAGAUUCUGGGCCUGAAGCUCCCCAACAUAGACCCGAUCCUGAACGCCAACACCGUGUGUCUGACGCUGCCGGGCCUGACGCGGCGCCAGCUGGAGGUGUGCAUGCGCAACCCGGACGUGACGGCCUCGGCCAUCCAGGGAAUCCAGAUCGCCAUCCACGAGUGUCAGCACCAGUUCAGGGGCCACCGCUGGAACUGCUCCAGCCUGGAGACCCGCAACAAGAUACCCUACGACAGCAUCGUGUUUAAAAGAGGCUUCAGAGAGAGCGCCUUCGCGUACGCCAUCGCGGCGGCCGGCGUGGUGCACGCCGUGGCCAACGCCUGCUCCAUGGGCAAGCUGAAGGCGUGCGGCUGCGACGAGAAGCGGCGCGGGGACGAGGAGGCCUUCCGCAUCAAGCUGCACCGCCUGCAGCUGGAGGCCAUCCACCGGGGGAAGGGCAUGGUGCACGGCGUCAUGGAGCACUUCCCCGCCGACCUGCCGGGGCCGCAGGAUUCCUGGGAGUGGGGCGGCUGCAGCCCGGAUGUGGACUUUGGGGAGAAGUUCUCCAGGGACUUCCUGGACGCUCGCGAGACCUACAGGGACAUCCACGCCCGCAUGAGGCUGCAUAACAACCGAGUGGGGAGACAGGUGGUGCUCGACCACAUGAAGAGGAAAUGCAAGUGCCACGGGACGUCGGGGAGCUGCCAGCUGAAGACCUGCUGGCAGGUCACCCCAGAGUUCCGCGUGGUGGGCUCCAUCCUCAAAGAGCGCUUCCACAUCGCCACGCUCAUCAAGGCCCACAACCGCAACACGGGCCAGCUCGACCACUCCCAUCACAACAACCACCACCACCACCACCAGCACCACCACCAGAACAACCACCACCACCACCACCCGCACCGGCGGCGGCCCAGCGUCAACGAGCUGGUCUACUUUGAAAAGUCCCCGGACUUCUGCGACCGAGACCUCGGGUCGGACUCGGUGGGCACGCAGGGGCGCAUCUGCAACAAGACCAGUCCCGGCAUGGACAACUGCGAGAGCCUGUGCUGCGGGAGGGGCCACAACAUCCUGCAGCAGACGCGGAGCGAGCGCUGCAACUGCAAGUUCCACUGGUGCUGCUACGUGGUCUGCGAAGAGUGCAGGAUAACAGAGUGGGUCAGCGUGUGCAAAUGAAGAACCGACGGGGGGGGAGGAGGAGACGCUUUCGGAUCGAGGCUAUUCGUUUGAAGGGACGGCUUGAGUGACACCCGUGCCCGACACCGACUGCAGAGGGCAGAGUGCGAAGCAGCUGAGUCAGCAGAAAAAGGAAGAAGCGCACGCUGGUAAAGACUUCGCAGCGCAGCAUGAGUCCAAUGCUGCCACAGCUUAGUGAGCUUGAUGUUUACUGACAAACUGAGUUAUAUCCACUAAAUUAUUGAAAACUUCAAGGAGGACGAUUGAAAUUGAAAAACAGUUGAUUGUUGACUGGUGUGAGCGAACUGGAGGUUGAAACGAAUGAAUACAUUGCAUGCAGAAAAAAAAAAAAAAACGCGCCAGCUUUGACGCGUUAGAAGAUGCUCUAGAUGUUUGCAUCCCAGGAAACUCUAAUCUGGGAAAGAUGUCGUGUUUCCAGAGCAGAGAAUGCAACGCACAUGAGUCUGUCCUGUACAGUACCUGUAUGAUGACUUCCAUCUUAAACAGCCAUGUUACACAUAAUGUAUGAUAUCUGCCAUGUUUCGUGUUUAUAAUGUGCAGAGACGUGCGUACGACUUGACACAACACAAUGUGUCCGGACUUUGUGCUUUUUAAGGGUAUUUCUCCAGAGACUUAAUAUUCUGCUUUAAAUAUUUAAAGACUGUUUUUUUCUUUUACCUACAAUACAUCGAUUUGCUCUUCUGAGUCAGUCAGUAUUACUGUUGUACCGUAGCAAACCUUCAGUCUCUUCAGUAGAGUUACACAUUUUGGUGUAAAAGAAGGGGAAAAAACACAACAGUCCAAAAUCAGGUGUCAAGAUUAUUUAAAUGAAAAGGAUGUUUCUAUCAAUUUAUACCAUCAAAUUAAUGAUGAGUUCAUGGCUUAAUCUACGCAUUCUGAGUCUGAAACUGACUUAAAUCAGACCCUCGACCACUGAAGGUUUCACAAAGUAAAAGCAAACACUGUAGAAGAUCCAUUUUGUAAGUUAAUUAAAUAAAACACAGCAUAAUUACUGUACACUGUGUUUAUCAAGAUGUGCCAUGUGUGGUCUGUGUUGUGUGUAUGUACUAUAGGAAAACGUUGGCACAGCGCUCACAGCGAACCCUAAAUCAGCCCUUGCCUGACAUGGUCAGGACAGCAUUGUCCCUAUAUAUUGUAUAACGUUAAAUUGUCUCAGAUGCAGACAAGCUUCAGUUCCUCGCACCUUCAGCUCCCUUCCCUCCCAUUUUGUGAUGCCCUGUACUGUGUGUGACACUGUAAGCAUCUUGUAAUUUACCCACGCUCUCCUUCCACACGCACAACGGGGAAACUGUGGCGUCGGCUUCAGCUCCGGACUGUAGCGACGUCAGCGUUGAGGUCACAUUCUGCCUGUGCACAGAAGACGGAUGCCACUCCGUCUUAGCGAGCGUGCGCGAGUGGAGGCUUCUUAUCGGACGGUGUAAUUUAUUUUAGGAAGAUAUGUUUCUGGCAAAAGCAGGAGUAAAUCCAGUGGACUCUGCACGUACGGAGCUGCAUUCAGGAAAACUCUGGGAAAAUAUCAGAAAUGUGUGUUUGUGUUCAUAAUGUAAUGUAUGUUUAAAUAUGGUUAUUAUCUAAGUUAUUUUAUUUUUGUGGAUAACUUAAAUAUUUGUAAGACAAUAAAGAACAUAAUAUUUGAAAGGGGUUUUAUUGUGAUAAAUAAUAAAAUACCAGAACCAUUGUAAGUUUAUUUUGUCAUAACUUGAGAGGCAUUCAUUUCAUUAAGAUGACUUUUCUUGGUUAUUGCUGUAGUAAUAAGUCUAAUAUUUAUGAUAAGAUUCUCUCUAUUCUUGCAAUAUAAAAUUAUUUUUAUCAUUUUCCAACCACUGGGAAUUAUUGCAUUAUGACAGAUAGGCAGAGUUCAAGGUAGUCAACAUAAGCAGUCAACUCUAUUUCAGCUUUGUGAACUGUUUUUUCCCAGUUCAGGGAUAUUAGACUCAACGCUAUCUGAGUUUUGAAGAACAUGACGCCUCACCAAUAAACGUUACAUUCAAA